AUGAAUCGCAUAUGUUGGUUAAGAAUUGCUCGGGAAUUCAUUGAUAGURACUUUGCCAGAUUUGGGGGCCGCAAAAAGAAGGAGGUUUCAACAAGGCCACAGCCCCCAAAGGCGUAUCGUGACGUAGAAAUUGGAAGAAGCGAAACCAAAGAUGGUGGGAUGGCCAUCUUGGCUGGAGUUGGUGCUGGUUUAGCCACUGCGGCUGUCGUCACUAGUUUAAGCAGUGGAGGAGGAGAUGGCGGUGGUGGAGAUGACGGUGGAGGAGAUGGCGGUGAUGGUGGUGGCUGUGGCGGCUGCGGCGGUGGUUGUGGCGGCGGUUGCGGCGGUGGCUGUGGCGGUUGA